CUCUCUGCUCUUACUAAGUCUCCAGCACUGUGGAUUUUGAGCACUAUCAAGAGAAGCCCUUGGACAAUCACUGACCUUAUCUGGAGAUUUUGUUCUUCCUGCAACAAGGAAGGUGGAAAUGGGUCUUGCCUCAAGGGAAGGCCUCAGUGACAUCUUGGAGUUUUUAAAGCCUGUCUUUGGUUAGCAAAUUUUCAGACCACCUGCAUGUACAGAGGGAUUUAAUUUCACUAGGCCGUCAUUUAGAAGAAUGUACUUAGCAUUAUGUGUUUCUGUAGUGUGGUCUUUUUUGUUGUUGAUGGAUUGUAAGGAAGUUUCUACGUUCACCAUGCAGUAUCAGAUUCUGGAGGAAGUACAGCCUGGGACUAUUUUGGGAAGGUUGUCUGAACGACUUGGCUGGACAGAGGGCAAUUGGACAAGGGGAACCUUUCAGCUGCUUCAGUCUUCUGCAGUGUUUCCUAUACAGAUGGACUCUCGAGAUGGUUUGCUACGCACCAGGGAAAGGCUGAACAGGGAGCAGCUCUGCCACCACAGAGACCCCUGUGUUAUCUCAUUCAGUGUUCUCUCUGCCAAAUAUUUCACCCUGAUACAUGUGGAGAUUUAUGUCUUGGACAUCAAUGAUAAUGAGCCUCAGUUUCCUCAAACAUCAUUGGAACUGGAGAUAUCGGAAAGUGUAUCGUUACAGACACGAAUCCCUUUGGACCGAGCCCUGGACUCUGAUUCUGGCUCUAAUGCCCUCUGUUCCUACUUCUUGUCACCCAGUGAGCACUUUGCCUUGGAGGUAACAGCUGGUUCUGAUGGAAUUCCGUGGGCAGAGCUGGUGGUAGUGAAAGAAGUGGACCGAGAGCUCUACUCGUCGUUUGAGUUGAUCUUGACUGCAGUUGAUCAUGGAGUGCCCCCUAGAACUGGAUCUGCUUUUGUUACUGUGAAUGUGCUUGACUCCAAUGAUAACAGUCCAGUGUUUGCCCAGAGUUCUGUGUCAGUGGCGAUCAGGGAAGAUGCUUUACCAGGGACACUCUUGAUCAAUCUCACUGCCACUGAUCCUGACCAAGGGCCUAAUGGAGAGAUUGAAUACUUUCUCAGCAAACAUAUUUCCGAAGAGGUGCUAAGAAUGUUUACUGUUGAGGGUCAGACAGGUGGUGUCCUCUUGCAGCAGCCACUGGAUUAUGAGAAGAACUCUGCCUAUGAGGUGGAUGUGCAAGCCAGAGACCACGGUGCCAAUUCUAUUCCAGCCCAUUGCAAGCUCUUCAUUCGUGUUCUGGAUGUCAAUGACAAUAUGCCUGAUAUUCAGGUCAUCUGGGCAAGGCAAGCAGCUGUGAUAUCAGAAGCUCAACCCAAGGGCAGCUUUGUUGCUCUAGUAACAGCAUUUGACCCUGAUUCAGGCAAUAAUGGGCAGGUGGAUUGUUAUAUCAGGCAAGGUGAUGAACAUUUUACCUUGAAAAGGAUCUCACCUGGCAGCUACAUGCUGCUGACAAAUGCCCCCUUGGACAGGGAGAGUUGGACACAGCACAACCUGACCUUGUUAGUCCAGGACCGAGGGACCCCAUUAUUGGCUGUAACCAGACACUUCACUGUUCAUGUCAGUGAUGUUAAUGACAACACACCCUACUUUGAAACCAAUCAUUACCAUGUUUCCAUUGCUGAGAAUAGUGAAUCUCCUUGUCUUUUGUUUGUGGUCAGGGCCCAAGACGCAGAUACAGGCCUUAAUGGGGAAGUUGUGUACAGAAUCCCAGAUCCUCUGAUUUCAGAGUGGCUCACUAUUGAUGCUAGCACUGGGGAAAUCUGGGCUCAUACAGCUUUUGAUGCUGAAAAGAUUACCAGCUUUGAUUUCAUUGUAAUAGCAGAGGAUAUGGGUCAGCCUAGGCUAUCAUCCAAUGUUUCUGUGAAAGUCACUGUUCUUGAUGUGAAUGACAAUUCCCCAGUGGUAAUAAAUCCAGAGCUGGAAGGUGAUUGGGCAAGUGUCACUGCUCUUGUGGAUCCUGACACGGGGUAUGUGUUGGUGCCCAAGGAAGAAGAGAGGUCUGAACUAACCCCCUCAGUUAAUGCUCCCUUGCUGCUUAGUAUAUAUGCAACUGAUGCAGACUCUGGCCUGAAUGGGGCAUUGCUCUACAACAUCCUGAGUGGUAAUGAAGUUGGCAUCUGUGUCCUUGAUCCCCAGUCUGGGCAGCUUUAUCUGAACAGCAGCAAUGCUAGUAGUCUUGUCGGCAGUGAAUGGGACCUAGAGAUAUCUGUGAGUGACCGAGGGUUGGUGCCACUCAGCACCAGGAUCUUGGUGAAAAUAACAUUUAGCAGACAUGGCGAGUCCAUGCCUGAUUCUUUCCCUGUGUCCCAGCCCCUCAGCCCCUCAGUGGUGAUGGGAAUCUGCCUUGUAGGGAUACUUGCCAUCUCUCUGGUAAGUUUGGGGCUGGCCAUGUCCCUGUGUAAAAGAGAGAAGCUUGGCAACAUGGCAUAUAACUGUCGGGAAGCAGAGCAUGCCUACAGCCAGCAACAGCUGAAGAAGCCCCCCAAACCCAUCCAGAAAGCAGACAUCCACGUGGUGCCUGUGGCAUGGCAGGAGGACACUCCACAGCCUCAGGAUGGGAUAGAGAAUUCAUCAGAAGCUGCCUGGGUUCAGGCCUUGGGGAUGCCAUGCCAUAUGACUCCAACUCUGUACAGGACCCUCAGGAACCAGCAAAAUCAGAGCAGUCUUGCUGAGCACAGUGAAAUACUUGGUCUCCCUGCUAUGCAACACAUUCCUUUCUGUGCCCAAAAGUUCAGGAAUCCCAGUGCUCAGGAUGUGCAGCCCACUGAUCAAAAGCUAGAUUCCAACUCCUGGCCUAAAGACCAUUUGUCAGAAAUGGCCAAGGCAGGCCCAGAGGAGGUUCGUAGCCGCCAGCACAUCCUAAGAAGCCUAGUGAGGCUUUCUCUGGCAGCUCUUGCUGAGCAAGGCCCUGCAGGACAACUGACCGUGGAAUCGACCCCCGUACAGCAAAUAUCACAGUUGUUGUCUCUACUGCACCAGGGCCAAGUGCAACCAAAGCCCAACCACAAAGGGAACAAAUACACUGCUAAACAUGCCUGUUGUAGGAACCCCAAUCCAAAUGUUGAGGAUCUCAUCAUGAAGGAGGGCAGUGGCAGUGAACACCAUGACUGGGAGCACCUGGGAAAGGAGCUAGGGAACCUUUUAGACUGCCCAUCUGGGAUGGAUCUUGAUCAGCUGACUGUGGAAGAUCCAGCAUGGAUGGCCAGGCUAUCCUUGCCCCUCUCAACUGACUACAAGGACAAUAUUGUAUCAUCAGGUGCUCUACAGUUCCCAGUGAGCCAGGAAACCACAGGCAGAGAUGAACCUCACACUUUUGCAACUUUUGGCAAAGCAUCUGGGUACAAACCAAACAUUGUAGAGCCCAAACUGGCCAGCACUUUCCUCUCCGAGAUGAACACGCUCUUUGAGAUGAUCUUGGCUCAGAAAGUCAGCCCCCAGACAGACUCAUCGUUGGGGCUCUUGCAGCAACUCUCAGUAUGUGGCAACCCCCUAGAUCUGCUUGCAGGUCCUGUAGGAGCUGAAACUGACAGUGCUUUGGGCAGUAGAACUAGCAAUUGCAGUAGCAAGCAUGUGUAAAGGUACUGCAUGUUUGGAAAUGAUACUCCCAACAGCUCCCUCUUAAGAACGUCUUAGGCACCCCUCACCUCUUCCUUACUGGCUCUCAGCAGCCAGUCCCUUUGUCCUUACCAACGAUCUUCCCCUCACUGCUGCAGGAAAUCAGCAUACCUCUUCUAUGGGACAAUGAAUGGCAAGCUGGGGAGUAAGGCACUUUUUUCUCAUUGUUGAAUUAUUUUGCAUGGAUUAAGAUAUGAGUGGGAGCAGAAGCAAGAGCUGUACCCCAAGGUAAGGAAACACUGCUUCUUGGUCGAACACUGAUUCUUAAGCAGGUGCUGCUCAUUUAUUAUCCAACUUGUAUACAACAAUGAAACGUAGAAGCUGUUGCUUGAGUUAUUUUAUUUAUUUAAAAUUAAGAUAAAACUCUCAGGAACCAAAA